CAGGCGGAAACGGAUCACUCUAAAAUCCCGUUCGGAUCAACGCGUCGCCACGGAGACGUCCUUUCUUUGCAGGAAGUGGAGCACUUCUGAAGAAGCUUGUUGCGUCAUCCCUUGCGUGAAAUGUCCUCACUGGAACAGAAAAUCGUGACGUUCUAGCUCUUUUUGGAAUCCACUUGAGAGGACCUGUCAGUCUUGAUCACUUGUCUGCUUCAUUGAGGAUCCUGCAAAGUUUUCAUAGAGAAGAAAAAAACCCAGAAGAUGACUGCCAUGCAGAAGCUGCUGCAGCUGCCCGUGAACGCGGUAAACAUGGUGAAGACGGUGCAGAGUCAGGUGCAAGGCCACGAGGAGGACAAGAGCCCGGUGCUGACCCCCGAUGGCGGGCAGCAGACGUGGUACAACGCCGUCAGGCCCGAUGAGCUGCGCCACCUCCGCUCAGGGAGCAGCGGUGGCGGUGAUGGAGGGAGAGAUCAGGAGGAACGAGCGCCACUGGAAGAAGGUGGCAGUGGUAAUGGGAGUUCCCAAAGUCAACCUUUGCGGCACGACGACCUGAAGGAGAUGCUGGACAGCAACAAAGACUCUCUCAAGCUGGAAGCCAUGAAACGCAUCGUAGCCAUGAUCGCUCGAGGUAAGAAUGCGUCCGACCUCUUCCCAGCGGUGGUGAAGAAUGUGGCCUGUAAAAAUAUUGAGGUGAAGAAGCUGGUCUACGUUUAUUUAGUGCGCUACGCUGAGGAGCAGCAGGACCUGGCGCUGCUCUCCAUCUCCACCUUCCAGCGAGGCUUGAAGGAUCCCAAUCAGCUAAUCAGAGCCAGCGCGCUGCGAGUUCUCUCCAGCAUCCGAGUCACCAUCAUCGUUCCCAUCAUGAUGCUGGCCAUCAAAGAAGCCGCUUCCGACAUGUCCCCUUACGUCCGCAAAACUGCCGCCCACGCUAUUCCUAAGCUCUACAGUUUGGAUCCAGAACAGAAAGACCAGCUGAUCGAAGUCAUCGAAAAACUCCUGGCUGACAAAACCACGCUGGUGGCAGGCAGCGUGGUCAUGGCCUUUGAGGAGGUGUGCCCGGAGCGGAUCGACUUGAUCCAUAAGAACUACAGGAAACUGUGCAACCUCCUGAUUGACGUGGAGGAGUGGGGCCAAGUGGUCAUCAUCAACAUGCUGACGCGCUACGCCAGGACGCAGUUUCUUAACCCCAACAUCAACGAGAACCUUCUGGAAGAGGGCUGCGACAAAACCUUCUACGGCUCGGACGGUAACGACGACGAUGAGGAGGACAAAGACAAGGGCGAGGCCGCCGCCUUGGCCAAAAGGAAGCCUUACGUGAUGGAUCCCGACCACCGGCUGCUGCUGAGGAACACCAAGCCGCUCCUCCAGAGCCGCAACGCAGCCGUGGUGAUGGCCGUGGCUCAGCUCUACUUCCAUCUUGCCCCCAAAGCAGAAGUGGGCGUGAUCGCCAAGGCUCUGGUGCGUCUUCUGCGGAGUCACAGUGAAGUCCAAUAUGUUGUUCUUCAAAACGUGGCCACGAUGACUAUUAAAAGAAGGGGGAUGUUUGAACCUUACCUGAAGAGUUUCUAUAUCCGCUCCACUGACCCAACGCAGAUAAAAGUCCUCAAGCUUGAGGUUCUCACCAAUCUUGCCAAUGAGACCAACAUCUCCACAAUUCUCAGAGAGUUUCAGACGUACAUCAAAAGCAUGGAUAAAGACUUUGUGGCCGCCACCAUCCAAGCUAUCGGCCGCUGCGCCACCAACAUUGGAGAAGUGAGGGACACGUGUCUGAAUGGCUUGGUGCAGCUGCUGUCCAACAGAGACGAGCUGGUGGUGGCCGAGUCGGUGGUGGUGAUCAAGAAGCUGCUGCAGAUGCAGCCCGAGAAGCACAGCGACAUCAUCAAGCACAUGGCCAAACUGACGGACAACAUCCAGGUGCCCAUGGCGAGGGCCAGCAUUCUCUGGCUCAUCGGCGAAUACUGCGAGCACGUGCCUAAGAUCGCCCCGGACGUCUUGAGGAAGAUGGCCAAGUCCUUCACCAACGAGGAGGACAUCGUCAAGCUGCAGAUACUCAACCUGGCCGCCAAGCUCUAUCUCACCAACUCCAAACAGACCAAACUGUUGACGCAGUACGUCCUCAACCUGGCCAAGUACGACCAGAACUACGACAUCCGUGACCGGGCGCGCUUCAUCCGCCAGCUCAUCGUGCCCACUGAGAAAAGUGGAGCUCUCAGUAAAUACGCCAAGAAACUCUUCCUGGCCCUCAAGCCCGCGCCCGUCCUGGAAUCUCCGUUUAAAGAUCGAGACCACUUCCAAUUGGGCUCGCUGUCCCACUUGCUGAACGCCAAAGCCGGCGGCUACCAGGAGUUGCCCGACUGGCCGGAAGCCGCCCCAGAUCCCUCCGUGCGCAACGUGGAGGUGCCCGAGUGGACCAAAUGCAGCAGUCGAGAGAAAAGGAAGGAGAAGAAAGUAGAGAAGCCUUUCUAUUCCGAUUCCGAGGGCGAGUCUGGGCCCACCGAGUCUGCGGACAGCGAGUCGUACUCCAGCGGCUCCGACAGCGGAAGCGGCAGCGCCGAAAGCUCGGGAUCCGAGAGCCAAGAAAGUGAAGAAGCAUCCGACUCCGAGGAAGAGGUGAAGGACACAAAGAAGAAGAAGAAGAAGGAAGAAUUGAAGAAGCCGGUACAAAGAAGCGAAAGCAGUGAGCAGAGCAGUGAGGAAGAAGUCAGGAAGCGCGCCAGGAAACAGAAGCAACAGAAGAGCGACUCCGAGUCAGAGUCGGACAACGACAGCGAUUCCGAAAGUAGCCCGUCCGAAUCAGAAGACUCCGAGUCGGAGGUGGAUGUCAAAAACAAGAAGAAGGCAGUGCAAUCCAAAGCUCCCCCCAAGCCCGUCACAAAAGAGAGCAAGAAAGAAAUGUCGCUGCUGGACCUUGACGACUUCGAAGCUGCCCCUUCGCCUCAAGUGACGCCCGUCAACUCCUUCCUGUCCAGCAGCCUCGCGACCGACCUGGAGGGCUUGUCUUUGUCCGACUCGGUCCUCUCGCCCACGGCCAUCUCGCCACCGGGGGCGCAAAAGAGCUACGAACUGCUGCACCGCAUCACCGGCGAGGGCCUGUCGGUGGAGUACUGCUUCAGCCGCCAGCCGUUCGGCCCCGACGCCAACAUGGUGGCGGUGCAGAUGCAGUUUGUCAACAGCGCCGCCGCUGACGCCAAGAACCUCCACAUGGAGGACGUUAAGCUGCAGUCGGGCAUGAGGGUCAAGGAGUUCCCGGAAAUCGAGCUGCUGCCUGCGGGCGAGACGGCCACGGCGGUGAUGGGCAUCGACUUCUGCGACUCCACACAAGCGGCAAAUUUCCAGCUGUGCACUCACAGCAGGAAGUUCUUCGUGUCCAUCCAGCCGCCAGUGGGAGAGCUGAUGAAACCCGUUUUUAUGACCGAGAACGAGUUUAAAAAGGAACAAGGUCAGCUGAUGGGCAUGAACGAGAUCACGGAGAAGCUGACGCUGGGCGCCAAUUGCCGGAACGAGCACGCCAUCGUGCAAAAGGUGACGGCCGCCGCCAACCUCAGCAGAGUGCCCUGCGGUUCUGACAAGGAGUGCAGGUUUGGCGGUAGGACGGCCAGCGGCGGCAGCCUGGUGCUGGUCACCGUGGCCAGCGAGGAGGACGGCGCGGCCCGGCUGACGCUCAACUGCGACAAGAUGGUGAUCGGCACCAUGCUGGUAAAGGAUGUACUGCUGGCUCUCACGCAGUGACACGCUCGCUCUCCCUUCCUGUCCGUUUGUCUCCCGCCUUCUCCCAGAAUGUUUGUGGGAUUUCCUUCGCAACAUCUCGUCUUUGUGACAAUCGCGUCUGCACAUGGGAACAACAUGACAGCUACUCUGUUACUUUGAAGUGCUGCCUCCAAAAUGCCUGCUUUUGGCAUGUUAUUCUUUUUUUUUAUUGUAAAAUAUUUAUGUGAAUAUUUUUCUUCAAUAGUUUGCACCAUAGUCUAGAUUGAAGAACAUUGGAGAAUUUUUUUUUGUUUUAAAAAAUUUGCCUAUUUAGAUGUUUGUUAAUAUUAGUUGGAUGUUUUUCAUUUGUAAUUUAAAUUUUUCAUUUGUCAUUUUAAAUGAUUUUUCUACCAAAAUUAAGGAACAGUUGAGAAAAAUUCUAGUUAUUUUAUUCUAAUAAUUUUAGUCAGGUUUUAUGUAUUAAAACCAAUUCAGACCAAAAUUUCAGUUACAUAUAACACUUUGAAAAAAAAAUCAUAUUAAGAUUUGGUUAUCACCUUGGUAAUUUUAGAAUUAUUUGUAUCUAAGUCAAUUAAUCUAAUAGUUAUCAAAUUUAUAUUAUUUAUUAACUAUUUUACCAAAUUCCACAAAUUCAAAAUACACACCAUGUUUUUUUAUUUAUAAGAAAGCAAAAACAAAUUGUGCUGAAUCAUCUCCCAAGCAAUGUUUGUUUUCAAAUGAACUGACGUGUUCAUUACUUAUCAGUAUCAUUACUUUUAAUCACAAUGGCUGUAUGUCCUGCUUGACUAGUGGAAGUUUAUUUAUUACACAAAUAAAAAAAAAAAUUACAAAAA